AUGGCAAAGCCAAAACGCCCAGCGCCACCACCACAACAGCCAUGGGCCAUUGAGGAUCGAGCAUCACCGCAGGAGGCUCUUGACUACAGUAUGAAACGAGAAGCUAUUGAGAGUAGCCGUAGCGAAAAAGCAGACCGUGGUGACACAUCCGAUGUUGAGCCAAGCGAUGACGCUGAAUCUGAGAAAAGCAAUUCGAACAGUUGCUCGCCUCCAUCAUUGGCUGAAGUGCAAACGCGUCCAAAUGUUAUACAAAAUCCUGUACAUCGUCCCGUACCUACUCGUCUUGCCUCUUUGCCUGCUCCAUCGCCGGUUCGACCAAGUCCGCUGAAUCCGCUUUCACUAUUUCAAGAUUAUUUUAGAAGAACUCAGCAACUUAGCGGUGGAGGUCUUUGGGUCCCUCCUUCAACUCCUGCAGCAGCUGCCACUGCUGCUACUGCUGCUGCCGCGACAAGAAUUACGGCAUCUGGGAGACCAAGCGAUGCUCAGCCAAUUCUAGCUGCAACUGCUGGAAGUGGUUUUGGGAAUUACAAUGGAAUUUAUGGAACUCAGGAGGUGAAACCUAUUUUCUCCGCUGCUACUCCAGCAUUUGGAGCUGGCAGUCUUUCUGCA